UGUUCCGACGGUACGGUCGYCCAUCACUAGUAACAGUGCGCAWAWAAUAGUAUAACAAACACAGUGCACGCGAGUUAAGUUCGGCGCGAUCGUAAUUUUUUUUUGCAWUUUAUUUAUUGACAAUUUACUUUCUUUGAAAAAUAAUUUAAAAUUGUUAUAAACAUAAUAUGUGUACAUAAUUCAUCGUCUUAACGUUUUUUCCAAGGAUAUUUCGCACGACCGAAAUACUUUUAGAGUACAAUAAAUCUUAUCGCAUAGUACAGUGAAUGAUCGACAGACGCUUUUACGGWGGCGACGCGACAGACCUAAAAUGGACAAGUGGCGAUGACCAGCGGGAACGGUCGGACGACGGCGACGGUGGACGAUGACACAGUUGCAUCAAUGGACUGCACUGGUCACGACAAUACUGAUAAUCAGUGGCCACGUGGCCAGUGCUCAAAGUCUAUGCGACACACCGCAAUGCGAAUGCGAUGACUCCCAGUCACAAGUCCGGUGCUCAUGCCGUAAAGUACCUCAUGAAUCACAGGAUCUCGUGUUGAAAGCUCAAGGACCAGGACACGUGCCACGAGUAGCCGCUAAUGUGAUCGUGACGCAAUGUGAUCGGGUCAAGGUGAUGGCCAUGGCAUUCGAUGGGGCAAGGUUGCUGUGGACCGUGGAAAUCGAAUCGGUGCGCCGCCUGGAAAUGGCAGACGAGGCGUUCGGUUGGUCGGAAAACGGUGGCGGCAGCCCAGGACAACAGCCACAGCAACAGCAUCAUCACCACCAGGGCCUUACGGUAACCAUAACUAACGUGACAUCCGUGCCUGAGGUGCCCAGCUACGCAUUUCGCGGCCGACUACGGUCGGUCAUGUUCAAUCAAGUCCGAAUCGACGUGAUCCGGCCAUUCGCGUUCAGCAGCCUCACCGGGACGACGGGCCGUAUCGAGUUCAAGGACACAGUGUUCGGACAGGUCGAUCAGCAGGCGUUCAAAAAAUUCGCCGUCAACGAGUUCGUGUUAAAGGGGUGCCGGUUCGAGGGCGCAGCGCCCAGCCGCAUGCUCACUGAGAUCACGGUGCACGACGAGCUCCGCCUGGACAACGUGACGUUACCGAUGGUUCAAAGCUACGCUUUCCGUGUGCACGGGCCCAAAGUGUUCAGGGUGCAGAACAGCCGUAUAGGAUGCGUGAGGAGCGGCGCAUUCGAGGUCAAGUGCCGAGGGCCCACGUUCGUGGAAGACAACGYGUUCGGUCGGCUGGAGCGCGGCGCAUUCGCAGGGGUCACGGUGGACGCGCACAAAGUGGCCGAGGCCGAUUAUCAGGAGUUCGUGUUUGAGAACAAUACGGUGGCCGAGUUCGAGGACGACGCGCUGGUAUUCGACACCAAUGGGUUCAGGCCACGCAUGGACUGGCUAAUCGUGGGACGGGCGUGUGGGUGCCCAGCCCGGUGGCGUACCGAUCUGGUGGCGUUCUCCACGGACUAUCCACGGAACACCGACCGACCUAGUUGGGUGGUCGAGCAAACAGCGUGGUGCGCGACACCGGACGACGACGGCGUCGGCAACUUCGGUCAGUUGGUCAAGGCGCAGCAGUACGACGAAGCGCACUGUUCGGCGAGCGGUGAACACGGUGGUGGUCUGAUGAGCCGUUACUACCUGACGUUCGUAGCUGUGGUGGCCGUGGCCGCACUUACGUCCGCGCUCGUCGGUUGGGCCUGGUACAAGAAGCGCAAACGRGGCCAGUGGACCAACGUGCCAUCGUCGUCGCCGCUGAAGAGCCGUUCGAUUCUGAAGAACGGCAGUAGCAGUGAAAGCGAUGGAAGCGACAAGCGCAGGCACGUCAUGGUCAUGCCCGAGGGAAAGACUUACAGAGAAACUGAAUUGCAUGUGAUCGUGGAGCGCACGAAUUCGACGGACAGUCAGUACAGGUCUACGACUAAUUACCAAUAUCAGAGAGCAACACAACCUUUGACCAGUGAUUUGUAACGGGUUUUUUAUUCCCGAUUCCUAAAUGGUUUUUAUUUAUAUUUAUGAUUUUUGAUUUUUGUAACCUAUUACGAUUUGUCUGUAUUAUAUAAUAAUAUUAUGUACAAAUGAACAAAUUUGGCCUAAGACAUCAGUUUCUGUACGAACGAUAUUUUAUAUUUUAUUUGUGAUCAUGUUUUGUAGGCAAACGACUGACUGCAAUAAUGUUACAUAUACUUAAUCAUACUAUAACUAUAUUAUUAUCUCCACCAGUCACCAGUAAACAAAUAAACCAAUUGUAUUUUAUUGAGUUCAAAAAAUUUGCUUAUGAACAAUAAAUAUCUAAUGUUUUCCUUUUGUAAUAAUAUUAAACGUACAUAAUACAUAUACGUA